ACAAAUUCGGAAGCUAUUGUAGUAGCUUCAAAAGGCACUGUCACAUCGAAACCUUUGAACAAGGGCCAGUAAAUAAAUUUUCAAUAAAGCAUCGUGGCCACAAGUAGUAAAAUGGAUUUGGAAGGCAACGGGGACUGCUCGGCAAGCAGCGAAAUUAGCAAGCCAGAAGAUUUGAAGUCGCCAAAAGGGACAAGGAAUCCCAUGACCGAGAAAACCAAGAAGAAUCUUCUAAAGAAAGCCACUAAGGCGGAGCCACAACUGGCUAAGCAUUUGAAAAUCAAGUGCAUGAUAAAGGAAAGAGUUAAAAUGGCGCAGGACAGGAAAUUCAAAGAGCUGGCACUUAGGAAGUUCGCAAAGGAUAAACCACUGCAGGAUGGGAUCAUGCGCAGUGAUAAGCUGAAGUCCAAGCGUAAGGUCAUGCUGAUAAAACCCUCAUUGAAGUCCAUACGUCCCAAGAUGCUUGGCCGGCGCCCAACUCCGAUGCCUUGUCCUCGAAAAAGAAAGGAAACACGUUCAAAGACCUUGCCAAAAUUCGUUCCCUUGUGUCAGAAGAAAAACCAUGUCGUCAAACAAGAAUCCUCCGAAGAGUGAUAGUCCGUCUACUAUGAAAAUUGUAAUAUAUGCAUUUUUAUAAA